CCUACCUCACAAAAUUAUCCUUAUCCCUUCCUUUUACAGACUCAUCUUCCUCCUCCCUCCUCCUCUCUCUCAUCUCCUGUUCAAACCACAUACUCUCUCUCUCUCUCUCUCUCAAUUCAUGGCGUCGAUCUCCCCGCCAACAUUUCCACCCCCAUCAUCAUCCACACGCCCCGAUCCAAACCCUCACAAAUUCACCUUCCACAACGCCAGAAUCUCCUCCAAAUCGAAACGAUCAUCGUACUCUCUCUCCAGCUCCCACCAUUUCCUCUCUAGGGCUCCGGACUCCACCCUCUGCCGCUGCCUCAACACCAACAACAACGGCAAUGACUCUGCCGAUUCGUUCCGCUGGGACUCGGCCGUUCAGGAAGUCGUGAGGAGUGCGGUUAAGUGGUUCGACGACAACCUGAGCUCAGUCCGUGGCGGCGGCGAGUCGAAAGACGUUGCGAGGGGCGUUGGCGUUGUGGAGAGGAAAAGCGAAGGUGUGGAGGGUAGUGAUGAGGAUAGGGAUAGGGAUUGGGAUUGGGACCGGUGGCGGAAGCAUUUCGAUGAGGUGGAUGAGCAGGAGCAAGUUGUGUCCCUUUUGAAGUCACAGUUAGCUCAUGCUGUUAGUCUAGAGGAUUUCGAAGAUGCUUCUAGUCUUAAGGUGGCAAUUGCAGCUGCAGCUACAAAUGAUACUGUUGGCAGAGUGAUGUCGCAUCUGAAUAGAGCUGUAAAAGAAGAGCGCUAUAGAGAUGCAGCUUUUGUACGAGAUUAUGCUGGGGCAGGAUUGGUGGGUUGGUGGGCUGGAAUUGCAGAAGAUAGUAAUGAUCCUUACGGACGUAUUAUUCGAAUAAGUGCAGAGCAUGGAAGAUAUGUGGCAAGAAGUUAUAGUCCCCGGCAGCUUGCAACAGCUACAGCUGGAAUUCCGCUGUUUGAAAUUUUUCUUACAGUUAAUAAGAAGGGUGAAUACAAACAGCAGGCUGUGUACUUAAGGCGGAUGGGGCCUCCUCGAGACUUCCCUUUUGUUCCAUCCAAACCACUCGAUCCUACUGGGAGCUUGAAUACCUUAGACUCCACUGCAAACAAACCUGAUCUGUUUUCUGGUCCAGAAGACAGUGAAGAUAAAGAUGAUGAUUCUGGCAUACCCGGUUUUGAUAAUGUUUUGCGUGAUAUGAUACCUGGUGUGGAGUUCAAGGUUUUGAGUGUGACAACUUCUGAAAAUGUAGACCAGGAUCUAAUUUCGAAGGUGAUUGAACAAAUGAUUGAUGAAGAAGAUGAAGAGAAGGAUGGUGAGUUGGAAAGUGUUGAUACUGAAGAUGAUAAAGGUGAAAGCGAUCAAGAGCUGAAAGAGACAGAACUAAAUGCUAGCGAUGGAAUUCUUGAUGGGGACCAACAAAGUGAAAUCACGGUUAUCUGCAGUAGUGAUGGUCUUGUACAGAAAGUUUCCCAUAGUGAACCUAAUAAAAAUUUAAUUCGAGUACCGGCUAGGUUGGAGAAAAAGGGUCGCUUGUCAUUUUCAUUUUCUGUGGAUAAAGAUGAAAAUCAACAGGUUCCUAAGGUCAAAGGGCGAACUCUACGAGGUAAAAAGGCUAAGCAUGGCAUUGACCAUGUCAUGUUUGACCUGGCAAUGUUUAUGGGCAGAGAGAAAAUUCCUACAAGGGUGCGUGAAGCUAUUGCUGAACUGCAAACUUUCUCACGCAGACGAGCUAAAAAUCGUCAAUUGCUUUCUGGAUCAACAACAUUUAAUCGGAUUGAGAUUCCAGCAUCUCAAGAUCCUCUGAAUGGACUGUACAUUAGUGCAGAUGGGCUUAGUUCUUCUGAAGUCAUUCAUCUGAGACGCAAAGUUGGCCAGUGGCAGGAGGAUGGUGGCUCUAAGGAGCCUCUAAAUCUUGAAUUUUAUGAGUAUGUAGAAGCUGUAAAAUUAACUGGGGAUCCUUAUGUGCCAGCUGGCCAGGUAGCAUUCCGUGCGAAAGUUGGGAAAAGAUACCAGCUUCCUCAUAAAGGGAUAAUUCCUGAAGAAUUUGGACCGAUUGCUCGGUAUAAAGGACAAGGGAGGCUUGCUGAGCCAGGAUUUCUGAAUCCUCGAUGGGUAGAUGGCGAGCUUUUUAUUCUUGAUGGAAAGUUUAUUAAAGGGGGACCUGUUGUGGGGUUUAUGUAUUGGGCUCCCCAGUACCGUUUCUUCGUGUUCUUCAAUCGGCUGAGGCUGCAAGAGUAGAUUCCUUGUGUAUGAAGUUCAAGAUUCUUCAGAUUUUGUAGCAGGUUAGCUGAUAUAUGUUUGCUAUAAUGUUGUAGAGCUGGUGAAGAUAGCAGGAUCUUUACAGCAACUUGGCGAAUGCUAGCCAAUCAGCACUCUAUGUGAAACCAACGAAGCAUCAUCUGGCAUUAAGCCGUAUUUAAAGUAAUCUUUUUUCAUUUCUAUUCCUCCAUUUUAUUUGCGGCAGUCUUCCAAUAAGCACAUGUAUAGAUUUGUAACCAAAACGCUCGCCAAAGUAUUGGUAGGAUGAAGGAAGUAUUCCUUCGUUGAUGUGAUUUUUAGCAUCUCCAUGUCCUUAGUUCUAAUUGGAAAUGCUAUAUAGGAUGCUGGAAAUUGUGGAAACGAUCUCUAAUGCCUUUCUCUAGGAGAAGCCUUCUGUUUGUGGCUUUGGCUUUUUCGAUGUUUUGUUCAUCUAGCAUUCAGAAAUGGUAUUAAUAUUGGUGUGGUACAAGGACUCAGGUAGGGGUGCUAACAAAGGGUAAUAUUUGAGAUUUUAGAGUGUAUAAUUCAUGUAAAUUAUUAAGUAGAUGGUCACAACAAUUACGUUUUUUUUUUCCAUCGAAGAAUUGGCAUAUUUGUGGAUUUUUUUU